AUAAAUAGAGUUCUCUCUCCUCUCCUCUCCUCUCCUCUCUCUCUCUCUCUCUCUCUCUCUCUCUAUAGACUCUCACUAUCCUGCAACUUCAACAACUAAAAAAAGGCUUAAAAAAUGGCGGAAGGAAUCCAUUUCUUCCAACUGAACACCGGAGCUAAGAUGCCUUCCGUCGGUUUGGGCACGUGGCAGUCGGAACCUGGUCUCGUCGGUGAAGCCGUCCACACCGCCGUCAAGGUAGGAUAUCGCCAUGUUGAUUGUGCUCAAAUUUAUGGCAAUGAGAAGGAGAUUGGUGUGGUUCUGAAGAAGUUAUUUGAAGAUGGUAUCGUGAAGCGCGAGCAUAUGUUUAUCACCUCGAAACUCUGGUGUACUGAUCAUGGUCCAGAAGAUGUACCAAAGGCUCUAGAUCGAACUUUGGCAGAUUUACAGCUUGACUAUGUUGAUUUGUACCUCAUCCAUUGGCCAGCCAGGAUGAAGAAAGGUUCAAUUGGAUUUAAGCCUGAAAAUCUGAUUCCAACAGACAUCCCUAGUACAUGGAAGGCAAUGGAGUCUCUAUAUGAUUCUGGCAAAGCUCGAGCACUCGGUGUCAGCAAUUUUUCUACGAAGAAAUUGGCAGACUUGCUGGAGGUAGCACGUGUUCCCCCUGCUGUCAACCAGGUUGAGUGUCAUCCUUGCUGGAGUCAAUCCAAGCUACGGGAAUUCUGUAAUGCUAAGGGAGUUCAUCUAUCCGGAUAUUCACCAUUGGGUUCUCCCGGCACAACAUGGCUCAAGAGCGAUGUUCUGCAGCAACCAAUAUUAACUAUGGUUGCUGAAAAAGUGGGGAAGACUCCUGCUCAAGUUGCUAUUCGCUGGGGCGUACAGAUGGGUAACAGUGUACUUCCUAAGAGCACAAAGGAAGCAAGGAUCAAGGAAAACUUGGAAGUUUUUAACUGGUCUAUUCCCGAGGACUUGUUUGCCAAGUUCUCUGAAAUUCAGCAGGCAAGACUUGUCCGAGGGACUUCAUAUGUUCACGAGACUUUGAGCCAGUACAAGACGGUUGACGAAGUCUGGGAUGGUGAGAUAUGAGAAAACAGAUCGUCAAUGUCUGUGGCAGCAAUAAUACACGAAAACAGAUCGUCAUAUCUUUACUUCACUCAGUUAUGGCAGCGAUGCUUGUAAAAUUUCAGAAAUUCUGCAACUGAAGAUACAAAUUUUAAAGACUUAUUGAUGGGAGUAUGCUCCCGAGUCAUAAUUCUUAUUCUCAUUUUAGAUAUCUUUAUAAGCCAAAUGAUUUUGGACCAUGGAAAUUUACUGGAUUUACUUCUUUC